UCUGGUGCCCAAGGAAAGGCCAAAGGCAACGAGACGCAAGGGAUCACUCCAAGAACUGUGCGCCCCACAGAUUUAAGGAAGUGUAAGCAACAUGCCCUCCAUGUUUGAGAGAACUACCAAGAAAUUGGUAAAAGAGAUCGGAGAUCAUAAGCUCAGACCUGUCAAAUGCUUGCUGAGCGCCACCAAGAUACAUCGGUUUUCUCUAAUUCAGAGGAAGAAGGCUCGCUCUCGGUUUUGGCAACUACCCGAUGUCCCACUUGACAUCUCCCUCAUGCACAUCCUCGAACCAGGUUCUUCGGUCCCAGAUGCUCCUGUGAAAGUGUCUGCUGACUUCAGUGACUCCGUGGUCAGGAAGCAGCAGGCGUCUGGGAACGUGAAUGCUGGGGCAGAAGUGGGCUUCUCGGAGGAGACUACUGUGUGCCGAGGGUCCUCCCUGGAGUACCAGAUUGUUAGCACCCCACACGAAACCUGGAAGGAGCUUCAGGAGAGGAAACUGCUGGACCCAGAGCCGGACAUCCUGAGGCAAUGCCGGGAAGCAGGGGUGAACCUGUAUGUUGUGACCGACACCGUGGAGCUGCUCAACAGCCCUGUGCUGCAGGAUCUCAGCAGCGUGAAAGUCAAAGGAAAAUUCUCCAUCGCUCGGAAUACUUGGUUCCAGGUUGAGGGUGAAGGACAGGGAGGGGGUCUCAAAGUGAGAGAGAAGAAGCUGACUGUGCCGAAGGGCUCGGUGCUGGCCUAUGGGAGGAAGCAGCUGAUUUUCUACAGUGGAGAAUGGGGCAUUUUUCACAUCACAGAUGAUGUUGAUGAUGACGAUGAUGAUGAUGAUGAUGAUACCUUUUUAGCAGGUCGACAACGACUGACAAAGGUAUCCGGGCUGGUCCUGAGGGCAGAUUUCAAGCUGUUGCAAGAGGAGGUUUCCCAGACGGUGAAAGCGGCCGAGCUCUCGAAGGGCAGGCGGGGUGUUGUGUUCUCCAACCUCCUGGCCAUGCUUAGGAGCCCCAUGAAUGCUCUUCAGGACCUCAUAGACAAGCUUGAACUGGAACCCUUCGGGCAUUUGGAGGGCCCUGGUGGCGCCAUCCUAACUGAACUGCGAAAGGACUCCCGCUAUCCAGAGGUUGGCUCAAAGUCCCUCCUCCUUUACCUGCUUGAAGCCUUAAUAGUGCUGAGUGACAUCCAACAUGAUCUGCUGGCUCAGUCCAUGGAGAAGAGGAUCCUCCUUCCGCAGAGGGACCUGGUGAGGGGGAUCCUGGAGCCCAACUUCAAGUGCUUCGAGAACAUUCCCUUUACCCUCCAGCCCAAGCUCCUUGCCCCACUCCAGGGAGAGGGCUUGGUCAUUACCUAUGGGCUGCUGGAUGAGUGUGGCCUGAAGAUGGAGCCGAAGACCUGGGACCCGGAAGCCAAGGAGCCCCUGUCUGCCCUCUAUGCGACCCUCUCCGUGCUGACGCAGCUGGCUGAGGCCUGAGCCCUCCUGGGGGGCAGGCCAGGGCGUCAGUCCAGUGAGGCUAGUCAGUCCUGGUCCUGCCCUUUGCUGCAAACACCCCCAGGCUGUUCUCUGUAUCCGUGAGUCUGUAUCUAUUCCACAUAUAAGGGGUAGACAGUCUCUGUCUUUGUUUGAUUUAUUUAACUUAGCACAAGGUUUUCAAGGUUUGUCCAUGCUGUCACAAAUGGCAGGAGACUCUGGCUGCUGAGUGGGGGGAUCGGUUAGAAGGUGGGGGGCAUGCAUAGAUGUAGGGAGAACAUUGAAGGAGUUUCUCUAAUUGCUCGGGCACUCAGUGGCAUUUUUAAAAGGUAGGAGCUUGAAAAGUAUAUAUAUUUAGUUCUGCUUUAAAUAUAUCCCAGGAAUACUUUGGGGAUAUAUAUGUAAACCCAUAGGAUCAUAUCUUCCUGCUUCAUCUGUGAAUGAAUUGAAUUCAUAUUGAAUGACUGUGAUUGGCGCUAUUUUCUAAUGAAUUUAUAAUUUACACCAGAAGGUGGCAGCAUUGCCACAGAGCAGGACUUGGUGAUGGCAGACACUUUCCUUGAUUUGCUUUGGGACUUCUGAGUUAAAGGCCAGCCCCUCUCUCUGCUCUGCUCUCCCACCUCCCUCCUCAGCUUUCUCCUCCCCCUUUGCAGCCUCCCCACUGCAUUUAACAUGGAAUGGCUUCUUUUUAUAGCUUCUAGAAUCUUCCUUUUAAUAAGACACUGCAUUCGUUGUAUUGAAUAAUUCUCAUAAAGAGCUCUGGGAGGUAAGACGUGAGUUAUGGGGAACUUAGAGCUGUUUCCGGGGUUUCCAGAAACGCCAGCCCUUCUGCGGGAUUACUGUGGGUUCUGUGGGAAAUGUGUUGUCCAUGCUGAGCCCAGGCAGGAGCCGUGAAGAGUCUGAAUGUUGCUCAGUAAGCAGGGCAUCUAGUUUCUAAAUGGAUUCAGCCAAGCACGGGAACUGUUUCAAAAUAUUGCAACCUGGUCAACCCAUCAGAAAGCAGGGCUGGUGCAAAUGAUAGGGGGACUUAUAAUCUGAUAGAUAGAGCUCCUGAAUUAAUCUGAAAAAUAAUCACAUUAUUUUAAAUCUUAGAACACAUAUACUUAUGUGAAUACGGGGUUAAGUUUUUCCUAAGUUUCCUUUCCAAGGCCUGUGCGAAGCGAUGGAGGAGGUGACUCUGCUGUGAACCCAGCAAGCAGAACUGAUAAGCAUGGUCAGACUGACCCACCAGGAGUCAAAACAUCAUCUCAUCAACAUCAUUUCCUUACCUGAUGGCUAAGGACAAUAGGGACCCCCAGGGCUGCGCAUAGCUGUAUUCCCUUCCCAGCCUCACCCUAGCACUUCCCCUGUAUAAUCCUGUCCCCUGCUCAUUGCUGUCAGAGAGGAUUUGAAUGCUUGUAAGCGCCCUCUCUUCUUGGUUGGCUGACCUUCUCAAUAAAUGUCUUCUGUGAUUC